GAAUAGCAUGUUUUGCUGCUAGUGGUGGAGAGGGACAAUGACAUCACAUUGACGUGGUUAGAGAGAGAAAUAUUUAGGGGAAAGGAAAUUGGCAUUACGUGUUGCUGUGGAAGAGAGAGACUUGAAGUGAUCGGACUGGUAGAGAGAUUUUUCCUCUUCGUUGUUGAAGUCCCUGUUGAAGAACCAGGGAUGGGUCGUAAAGAAGAUGACUUUGACUGGAAGAAGACAACUGACAACAUCCAGGACAUAUUUGACUUCAUGGAGGUCCUCGGAUCGGGAGCGUUCUCUGAGGUGUUCAUGGUGAAGGAGAGAAAUACAGGCAAGCUUUUUGCCAUGAAGUGUAUAAAGAAGAAGCAGAAGAGCAUUCCCAAUCUGGAGAAUGAAAUCGCUGUGUUGAGAAAGAUCAAACAUGAGAACGUUGUUGGCUUGGAGGAUUUCUAUGAAAGUCGCUCCCACUACUACCUUGUCAUGCAGCUCGUGUCUGGGGGCGAGUUGUUUGACCGUAUCCUGGACCGGGGGAUGUACUCUGAAAAGGACGCCAGCAGGGUGAUCCAACAGGUACUCCUUGCUGUGCAGUACCUCCAUCAGAAUGGCAUUGUCCACCGCGACCUCAAGCCGGAGAACCUCCUCUACUACAACCAGGAUGAGAACUCCAAGAUUAUGAUCAGUGACUUUGGCCUGUCCAAGAUGGAGGACAGCAGCGUCAUGUCGACGGCCUGUGGCACUCCAGGAUAUGUGGCUCCUGAAGUCUUGGCCCAGAAACCCUACAGCAAGGCAGUGGACUGCUGGUCCAUUGGAGUCAUCACUUAUAUCCUGCUCUGUGGAUAUCCCCCUUUCUACGAAGAGACAGAGUCACUGCUGUUCUCUAAGAUAAUGAAAGCGCAGUAUGAGUUCGACUCGCCCUUCUGGGAUGACAUCUCGGAGUCAGCCAAAGAUUUUAUCCGCAACAUGAUGCAGAAGAACCCUAAGAUGCGCUUCACCACAGAGGUCGCUCUGAGGCAUCCCUGGAUCAUCGGGAAGACGGCACGAAGCCGGGAUAUCUACCACUCUGUCAGUGUUCAGAUCCAGAAGAACUUUGCCCAGAGCAAGUGGAAGAAAGCCUAUAACGCCACUGUGGCGAUCAACCAGAUGAAGAAGCUGCAGCUGGUCAGUUCUGACCUGUUGGUCAAGACGCAGACCCUCGACAUGCCCACCAUCCAGGUUAUCGACGUCUCCUCCCCUGUCAAGCCUUUAAACCCAAUGGAUCCCAAGAGGCUGGAACCCAACCGGAACCAAAUGACUUUACCAAUCAUCACCAAUGACUCCAAGAGCCACCAGACCCUAAAGAUUAGCCAAAGCGAGGCAGGACAUUCCCAUACCCUCGCAGAGACCGGCAAACACUGCUACCAUUCUGAGCCUGCGAACCUCAAUACGUACAGGGUGACAACCAACCGCAACGGCAAGGCUCUUCAGACUGGAGUUUGCUCUGUAAUGUGAAGGGUCUAAAGGUGGAGCUUGUGUGGAAAACUUUUAUUAGGUCAGUCGACUGACUCCGUCACGGCUGCUUCUUUCAUGUGGGCCGGCCCCAAGCACUGUGACUGGCUGGUGGGUGGCCAGGACAGAGAGUGUGGCCAGUGAGAUUCAGGAUCCGCCAGGAUUUUUAACAGUGCCUAGAAUCCUUUCUGAACAGACUCUUGCUCUACAUGCGGGUACAGGGACUGAUGUCACACACAGACCGCAUAUGUUUAUUCAUGAGGUAGCCUAUGAUUUCCAGCCUCCUAGGAAGGAGUGGCAAUACGCUCAUUAGGGACCGGGUGAUGUAUGUAUUAAAACAAAGACUAGCUAUUCUUAACAUAAUUUUGUUAUGACCCCUAAAGAAAGAGUUGGUCAGGGAAGCUUUAUUUGAAUGUUGUGAGGUAGAGAUGUGAGAAAAGACUGUGAAAGAAUAAAUAGGACCUCAUCUAUGUAAUUUGGCAGAUGCUCUUAUUCACAACAACUCUCUUAUCUACAAUGACCUCAGUGCAUACAUUUUCAUACUUUUGUAUGAAAGCCAACUGAGCUAAACAUGACUGCUGUACAUGACUGUAGUAACUGUUCUGUGAUGUGCAGAGUGGGUUGAGACAGAAAGGGGAAAGUAAAACCAAGCAGGUUUCUAUCUUUAUGUAAGUUCACAGGGAAAGUCUUGAAAGUUCUUUGGGUUUCUGAAAAUGGUGUUGUUCUCUGUCAAAUAAACUGUCCCUCAUUCUUUCGAUCAAGCUUUAUUCUGUAAUACAGUAUAUUAUUUGUAUAUUCUUUUUGAACAAGACAUUUCUUAAAAGUACUAAGAAGCAGAGAAUAGUGUAAUUUACAGACGGGUGACAAGUUAAAGCAAAACCUUUUGUAAAGGGGGGGGUUUGUGCACUGCAGCUAUAAUAUAAUAACCCAGUAAAGCAUCAUGGCAUGUUAAUCUAAUUUGCACUUGUGACCACAACUUCCCAUAGAUUUAAAUGUGGAUGUAACUUUAAUCACUGUUCCUAUGGUGACACUGGCCAGUUGACCGGUCUUUGUGACUGAAGCUCCUGCCAUCCAUGCCCCACUAAGGAACCCUCUUUCAAAGUCACUUACAUCCUUUCCUCCUGCCACCUUGAUCCAAAAUCAAGGUCAACUGGGCCUGCUCCGUAUUUGUAUACAUGCCACAGUGCAUGAUGGGAUGUUAAGUCAUUAAUCUUAUCAUGUAGCACAUCUGCAUGGAAGAAUCUACAUUUGUUAUGUUAAGGUUAUGUUAUGUUAAAGUAAUGAAUUAGUGUAAGUUAAUGUUAAUGACUUGCCAUCAUACUAGCAAUCACAUAUUAAUGAACACUGAGACUGUAAAUAAUAUUUGAAAUAUAAUAAAUCAAUGUGCAGAAGUGAUAAUGAUAUUUUCAAUAUUAUUAAUUACUUCAUGACUUGUUAA